UUCUGAUUGAUCCUGAUUACCAAACUACUUCAAAACCGUUAUUUUGUCAAUCAUGACUUCAUCUCAACCUCAAUCUCCGCCUUCAUCUGCAGUAUCCUCAGUAGAACCUCCGAAUUCUAUUGCCAGCGCAGCCGGUCUUCAUGAUCCCAUCUUACCUUAUGGUCUUAAUGGUUUGGGUAGUACGGCUUCUAUGGUUGGAAUUCUCAAAGCGGCUGCCCUUAACCCUUACGAAGAUCUUGAUGAUGGCUUGGCAGACGAUUCAGAAUUGUGGUCACCAAAUACAACUCAACAGCCCCGGGCUAUGUUAUCCGAUGAGGAAAGUGAUGACGAUGAUAACACUGAAGAAGGUCUCCUUUUUACGCCCACCCGACCAGUUCACCCUUCCUCCUCCUUGAUCCGUGGCGCAUCCACACUCGAUUAUCCUUCGAGGCAUCAUCUUGAUGGCCUAGCUCGACAACUCAUCGAACGACAAACUCAUUGUGCCGAGAUUGCUAUCCAAAAAACUCAUACACCCCUCAUUGAGAACUCUUCCCCUUCUACCCGAACUCUUAAAUUAUUGGAAGAACCUACCUCAAUCCUCAAUGAUAUCUUACCCGAAGCCGAUCGCCCUUCGAGUCCCGAUCGUGAAUCGGAACUUACUCCUGAUGACCGUCUUCGCCUCCUUGAAGAACAGUUUGGUACAUGGUCUGGACUUGAUGCCUCUGGUCAACCAGAGUCUGAAAGCUGGAUCGGUCAGGUGGCGGGAGUUCUUUACCGAAGUGUAAUCGUAAAAGGCGUGAUUCUCCUGACAGAUCGACGACUUUGUUACAUUGCCUACCUUCCAAUCACAGAUAAAGGGAAACUCAUUCGAAGCGGUACUGCUACGUACAAGUCUGGUGCACGCUUCUCCAAGCGGCAAAGACGCUGGGUAGAAUUAAGGACAGACUCAAUCACCGAUUAUCGAUCGAGUACCAAGCUCUUUCGCCCACUCUCAUCUCUCCACCUCUCUGACAUCAAACGGAUUCUUCCAAUCUCUCCAGAAGAACCCCGGACACUUUCUUUCCGGCUUAUGGAUGAUCAUGUAAUCCAUCUUGAGUUUGAUACAGCGGAAUCCACGGCACUUUGGCAUCAUGACUUUGUGCAAGCUCUCUUUAGUCUGAAAACUCAUUUUUCGAAUCAGAUUAAGCUCUCACUCCCGUUAAGAAGGAUACGCAAACUUCAUCGAGAGGUUUUUGAGAAUAUCGCCAAGAUGAUGACCUUUGAACUAGAUUUUGGAGUACUUUCUCCGUUUUACACUGACAGUAGCGAAGCGCUUAGUCGUGGCGUAGUCGAAGAGCCGAUUGACGAAAAAGAUCAUAGUCGAAUCAAGAUGGCUUAUUUACUCUCACAUGAUCCCUUUGACGAGAACAUCAUCGACGCGAUUGUACGUGCCAAGAUGGAGAUCUCAUCAUCGCAGACCGAAUCACAACCCAGUACGGCUCAUCGAACCCCGUUACCCGUUUUGGAAGUCUUGGAACCUCGUGAUCUCGAAUCUGAAAACGUCGAUGACCCUACUAAGUUAACGGAGUCGGCAUCAUAUGAGUCUACUGACAAGAACAUGAGUGAUUUGGCCAAAGGAUUUGUAAAAGCUUUUGGAUUGGAAGCCCAUCAAAAGCUAUAUAUCUGUCCAUGUUCGCUCGUCCGAACCUUGCCAUCGUUUGGGAAUAUGUCUAUCAGCAAUGAUUAUUUUUGCUUCUGGCGACCAGCAGUGGUGAUCGGCCAGGAUUUGAAGUUGAGAAUCCCGCUCAAGGAUAUCGCAGAAGCAAAAGAGUGUUCGGCUUUCGGAUUUACUCGUUCGGGUCUCAGUAUUGAGAUUGCUGGAGCUGCAGACAUUCGACUUGAUUUUUCAUCUCAAGCGUCGCGAGAUGAGACCGUAAAGGUCAUUAAUCUUGCAGUUGAUCGUGUCCGUGAAGCCGGCGCUCGAGCAGCGCGCCGUCAGAGCUCGCUUCCGACUCAUAAUCUACUUUGCCCGCCGGAUGAAAGUCUGCCGCCAAGCCCACUAACAGCGCGUCAGAGGCAGAGUUUACCGGCCAUCAUUGGUUUCGUGCAACCUGAACCCACCACCCGACCCUACCGAAUCACGUGUAUGACAAUUGGCUCGAGGGGCGAUGUUCAACCGUACAUAAGCCUAGCAAAACGUUUGAUGCAAGAUGGACACAUUGUCACCAUCGCAUCGCAUCCCGAAUACCGGUCAUGGGUUGAAUCCUUUGGGAUCCUCUAUAAGGAUCUGGGUGGCGACCCCGGUGCUUUAAUGAAACUUUCAGUUGAUCACGCCUUCUUCAGUCCUGGUUUCUUCAAAGAAGGGUUAGGCAAGUUUCGACAAUGGCUUGAUGACUUGUUCAUGGAAGCUUGGAAUGCUUGUACGGAAUCUAAAGCCGAAAUCUUGAUCGAGAGUCCCUCAACCUUUUCGGGUAUUCAUAUCGCUGAAGCUUUACGAAUUCCGUAUUUUAGAGCGUUCACCAUGACAUGGACUAGCACUUCGACUUAUCCUCAGGCAUUUGCAUCUAGUAUCGAUUUGGGACCUACUUAUAACUUAUUAUCUUACUCGCUUUUUGACAGUUUGAUUUGGCGAGCGAUGUCCGGGCAAGUCAAUAGGUGGAGGAAGAAUACAUUGGGCAUUCCGCCUACUACAUUGGAAAAAAUGCAAUCAUACAAGGUUCCGUUCUUGUAUAAUUUCAGCUCUGCAGUUGUACCAAAGCCAUUGGAUUGGCGUGACCACAUCAAUGUGACGGGUUAUUGGUUUUUGGACCAGUCUCAAGGGAACUAUGUACCGCCACCCGAUUUGACAGCCUUUAUCGCGUCUGCUCGAGCCGACGGCCAGCCUUUGAUUUAUGUAGGCUUUGGAAGUAUCACCGUUCCAGACGCCGCGGCAGUGACCAAAGCAAUUUAUGCGGCAGUGGUACAAGCAGGAGUGAGAGCGAUUGUAGCAAAAGGUUGGAGUGAACGUACACAGACUACUUCAGCGGACUCAGUGCCUAUUGAAGUCCCACCAGAAGUCCAUGUGCUUUCCUCGAUUCCGCAUGAUUGGCUCUUUCCUCAAAUUGAUGCUGCGUGUCAUCAUGGUGGCGCUGGGACGACUGGGAUAUCUCUUCGAUUUGGGCUUCCAACGCUCAUUCAUCCUUUCUUUGGAGAUCAAAUGUUUUGGGCUGAUCGAGUGACUCGACUGGGUGCAGGUAUGCGAGUCGACCAUCUGACCACAAGUUGCUUAAGCGAGGCUUUUGUGAAGGCUACUAAGGAUAGAGUUUUG